AUGGAGCCUCAGGGGGCGCAGCUGCUAACUCUGGAGGCACAGGGGCCCGCGCCCUGUGGGGAACCCCCACCAGCCCCGGAGCUGCCCGCCGCCGGGGUCCUCUGCCCGGAGGGUGGCGGGGACGGCGGCAGCGCAGCGGAGUCAGGGAGCCCCGACGCCGAGCCCUCGUCCCCCGAGGAGGAUGCUGCCCUCCGGGAGCAGGAGGAGCUGCUGGCGUGCCGCCGCCGCCGCCGCGCGCGCUCCUUCUCGCUGCCCGCCGACCCGAUUCUGCAGGCGGCCAGGCUCCUGCAGCAGCGCCGGCAGCUCGGCCUGGGGCUGGGCGCGGAGGGCGGCGAGGGGCCCGAGGACGCGCCGCACAGCCGGGGCGGCUGCUGCGCCAAGUGCAAGAAGCGGGUUCAGUUCGCGGACGCGCUGGGGCUGAGCCUGGCCAGCGUCAAGCACUUCAGCGAGGCGGAGGAGCCGCGGGUGCCGCCGGCCGUGCUCUCCCGCCUGCACAGCUUCCCCAUGAGCGCCGAGGACCUGCAGCAGCUGCCGGGCCUGCUGGCGGCGGCCGGCGCGCCGCUCGGGGCGCCGGCUCCCCGGCUCCGUCCGCUCUUCGAGCUUCCCGGGCCGGGCGCCGCGGCCGAGCGCCUGCGGCGGCAGCGCGUGUGCCUGGAGCGCGUGCACUGCCCGGCGCCCGGGGCCGCGGAGGUGACGGGCUCCGGGCGGGUGCUGGGCUGCCCCGGGCCGCGGGCCGUGGCCGUGCGCUACACGUUCACCGAAUGGCGCUCCUUCCUGGACGCGCCCGCGGAGCUGCAGCCCGAGCCCGCGGAGCUACAGCGGCAGGAGACGCCGUCGGGGGAGCCUGAGCCCGGGGGCGCCGAGGAGGAGCCGGGCGCCGAGCGCUUCCACUUCUCGCUGUGCCUGCCCCCGGGUCUGCAGCCCAGGGACGGGGAGGACACCAACGCGCCGGACGUGGCCGUCCACUUCGCGGUCUGCUACCGCUGCGCCCAGGGCGAGUACUGGGACAACAACGCGGGCGCCAACUACACGCUGCGCUACGCGCCCCCGCACUCCCCCUGA